GUUCAGAGGGAAAUUCAGAUACAGUUGGACCGUGUUAUUCGAACUGAGAAGUUACGAUGCCGCCAAAGACCAGUGGAAAAGCAGCCAAGAAGGCCGGAAAGGCCCAGAAGAAUAUCUCGAAAGGAGAUAAGAAAAAGAAGAAGAGGAGGAAGGAGAGCUACGCAAUCUACAUUUACAAAGUAUUGAAACAAGUCCAUCCCGACACCGGUAUCUCAUCAAAGGCGAUGAGCAUCAUGAACAGCUUCGUCAACGAUAUCUUCGAACGUAUCGCCGCCGAAGCCUCGCGUUUGGCCCACUAUAACAAGCGCUCAACCAUCACCAGUCGGGAAAUCCAGACCGCCGUCCGGCUUCUGCUUCCUGGAGAGUUGGCCAAGCACGCUGUUAGUGAAGGAACAAAGGCUGUUACCAAGUACACCAGCUCCAAGUAAAUCUACAACAGCAUUGCCAUCCAAUGCAAGAACAAAAGGCCCUUUUCAGGGCCACAAAAA